GCAGUGUCCUGCCUUCCUCCACCUCCCUCCUCACCACACCACAGCCAGCACAAUGGCCUUUGAAAGCCUGUUCUCCAAACCCCCAAACCCAGUUCUUGACCCAAACAUGCCCGACUCUGACAGGCAACAUGCAGGGGACGAAAGAGAAGAUGGAGAGCUAGAAGAUGGUGAAAUAGAUGAUGCAGCAUAUGAAGAUGUGAAAGAACAUGGUACAAAAGGUGAUGAUAAACAGAAAAAUGAUAAAGGACAUAGAAAAUCACGGAAGAAACGCAAAAAAGAAAAAGAAAAGAAAAAAUCAAAAAGGAGAAGACGGGAUAAACAUAAGCAUAAUUCCCCUUCCAGUGAUGACAGUUCAGACUACAGCCAUGACUCCGAUACUGAGCGUUCAGAAAGACCGCAUAAAAAGGGUAGCAGCUCUUCAUACAGAGAUUAUGAUUCUUCAUUCAGUCAGCAUGGACACGUAUCAGGAAAUUACAUGAGUUCACAGAAAAUGCAACAUAAAAAAAAUGUGAAAAGUAAGGAUUAUGAUGAUUAUAGUCAUUACAGUGAUGAAAACUUUGGUAAUUAUAAUGAGGAAGAAAAGGAUGAAGAUUUUGCUGAUCAGCUUAAACAAUACAGGCAAGCGAAAGAGACUUCCAGUUCUGACUUAGGACCUCCAUUCCCAAAAGAACCAGUGAAAAAACAAGGGAUGAAAGGGAUCCAGAAAG